AUGAAGCUUCAGACCACAUAUUCCUAUGUUGCUUCUGAUGAAAACAUAGAAAAGAUCAGAUCAACAUUAUUGGUCUCAAGGAAAAAACUUCUUGUCCUUGAUCUUAAUGGCCUGCUUGCAGACAUAGUCAAUAGCAAACAAUUGACUUGGACAGAAUUGAUGAAAGGAAAAGAAAUUCAAGUGAUGCUAGUGUUUAAGAGACCUUUUUGUGAAGAUUUUGAAGUUGGUAUUUGGUCCUCGGGAACCAAGUAA